AUUCAACUGUAAUGUCAAGUACCGCCGCAUACGUUCACGGACAUCAGGAGUCGGUCUUGCAGCUGCACUCCUGGCGCACUGCAGCCAACUCGGCUGCGUACCUUCUCCCGUCUCUCAAGCCGCACAUGCACAUUCUAGACAUUGGCUGCGGGCCUGGCACCAUCACCAUCGACCUCGCCACUUUAGUACCCCAGGGACAGGUCGUCGGCCUCGAGCUCACGCUAGAGCCCCUCGAGCGUGCGCGCGCGAUCGCCACUCAGCGCGGCAUCAAUAACGUCCGCUUCGUCACCGGCGACGCGCACGCGCUCCCCUUCCAAGACGCCUCGUUCGACGUCGUGCACGCGCACCAAGUGCUCCAGCACGUGCGCGACCCCGCCGCCGCACUCCGCGAGAUGCGGCGCGUCGCGCGGCCCGGCGGUCUCGUCGCCGCGCGCGACGCGGACGUCGGGAGCAUGGUCUGGUACCCCGAAUCGGAGGCGAUAUCCGCGUGGCGCACGCUGCACUUCGAGGUCUCGCGCGCGGACGGCGGGCACCCCGAGGGCGGGCGCCGCCUGCUUGCGUGGGCGCUCGAGGCGGGAUUCGGCCGGGCGGACGUCGCGGCGAGCGCGGGGACGUGGUGCUUUAGCACGCCGGAGGAGCGCGCAUACUGGGGUGGGCUGAUGGCGGAUAGGAUGGUCGGGUCAGGCUUUGCGCAGGCGGCGAUUGAGGGUGGUCAUGCGGGCGCGGAGGAGCUCGCGCGGAUCGCGCAUGGGUUUCGAGAAUGGAGUGUUCAAGAGGACGGGUGGUUUGGGAUUAUCCAUAGUGAGAUCGUCUGUCAGGUUGCGUAGUCCGUAUCUCCCUUGCUUGUUUGUCUCCAGUGCUGAAUAUCAAGUUGCCUCGCUUUCGAUGU